UUUCAAAUUUAAACCCAUUUCCUUCAUAACUCAUACGUACCCCCCUCCCCUUUUCCUUUUCGUUUUUAGGGUUUUCACUAUCUUCCAUUCAUUCCCCUUAUUAUACAAUACUAAUCAAUUCUUCAACCAAUUUCCCAUUUCAUUCUCUGUUUCUUCCUCUCUUUAUAAUCUCCAUUUCUCUCCCCGCCGUCUCUCUCUCUCUCUCUCUCUCUCUCUCCAAAUGUCUUCUUAAACCCUAAUCACUCACUCUUCUCUUUUAAAAAAAAUGUGCUCAUUACCCAUCUGGCUUCAAGCGCUUCUCACCGAGAAAUUCUUCAAUGCCUGUGUUGUUCAUGAAGAUGCCAAAAAGAAUGAAAAAAACAUCUUCUGUUUUGACUGUUCCCUCGGUAUUUGCCCUCACUGCUUGUCCUCUCACUCCUCUCACAAACUCCUCCAGAUUAGGCGAUAUGUGUAUCAUGAUGUGAUUCGAUUGGACGAUGCUACUAAGUUAAUUGACUGUGCUUUUGUACAAUCGUACACUACGAAUAGUGCGAAAGUGGUGUUUCUUAAACAAAGACCUCAGACUAGAAAUUUCAGAGGCUCCUCCGGCAACCUCUGCAGCACCUGCGACAGAAGUCUUCAAGACCCUUAUCUGUUUUGCUCCGUUUCUUGCAAGAUUGAUUAUCUAGUGAAAACACAAGGUGGGAUUUCGAAGUAUCUUCUCGAAUGCAAUUUCUUGCCAUUACCCGAACCCGGUUGGGACGACGGACUUAUGAUGACACCGGACUCCGUCCUCGAACCGGUUGGUUCAACCCGUACUUCGUCCGGUUCAGACGGUGGUGGAACAGAAGGGAAGACUCUAGUAUCCACGGCAACGACGGAGUUUGUGAAAAAGAAGAGGAGUAGCUUGACGGCGGCGGCGUAUCGGGCAGCGUGCCGACCGGUUUGCUGGCCGGGGACGAUUUCCGAGACGUCUGGGAGUUUGAUGAGCCGGAGAAAAGGUACCCCACAGCGGGCCCCACUUUAUUGAAUAUUUUUUUUUUUCUCUUUAAGAAAAAAUUAUUUGUUAAGAAAACAGAAAAUGGUAGUCUUUGUGAAGAAGAAGAAGAAGAAGAAGAAGAAGUGGGCUGGGAGGUUUUUGGGGACAUGGAUGGCGUUUUGUGGUCUCUCAUGGUGGUUCUUUUUUUUUUUUUUUUGUAAAGGGAAGGUCCUUCUUGGCUUCUGAUUUUAAAUCUUACAAUUCUUCAGUUGCUUUAUUAUUAAUUAAUUAUGAUUAUAAUUAUAAUUA